GAUCUUUUAAAUAAUAAUGAUAAUUCCCUUCUUUCUGUUCUCCCGGUUUGAGUUACAUCGUGGCAUUUGAAAAUCAUCUACUACGUGAAAAUGAAUAGGAUUAAAAGUGUUAGAAAAGAAGGGGUAAUUAUGAUUCCUUCGAAUUGUUGUUUCUUAUAUGAUUAUUGUUGUUUCAUAAUCCACCAGUUGAGGCCAAAGGGUAAGAUCGAUAUGGGGGGAGAAUUAUAUAUAACAUCAUGGUUCUAAAUAGCUGCCAAUUGUCAUUCUUGUUUCUUAUUGAGUUAGACCGCAGAAAUUUCUGUGCUUGGUGAUGAAGGUAUUAUAGACUAAUGAGAUGAUGUUUAUAAAGUCGGUUUUAGGAAUAAGUGACAAAUGAUGGCCAAUAUAUGCACAAAUUGUUGAUUGGUCUGGCAGUGGGUACUUUUUUUUUAAUUUUUUUUUAAUUCUUCAAUUUUGACAUAUUUUUUUAAGUUGAAGCCAGUACUUUUGGGAGAAAUAAUCAAGCUGAUCGAGGUGGAGAAUAUCUAUCAUAUCACUGAACUAUAUUUCACAAGCCUGCAUGGUAAAUUCGUGUUGAAUUAUUUAACAGGGAAGUAUAAGGCACAUCACUGUUGAAAGGUGGUACGCUCUGCUGCCUUAACGAUGUAUCCUUGCAAUGAUGAAACUCCAAGUGGAUAUGUGUUUAUGCUUCAUGGGUUUUGUUUGCUCGCUAUUUGGGUGUACUGUAUGUUUGCUAUGAUAACAUUGGCAAGGCAAAGAUUCUCUAGCGACGGGCUGGCUCAUAUCUAUAUCCGUUGAUUAUUGUUAUAAGGAUUUUUGGACUCUCUCUCCUGCUGUUUUGAAUAUGAAUGGGGGCAUCUUGAACAUUCUUGAGGUUUUUUGUUUCAACUAUUGAAAUAACUAGUUAAUCUAAGCGGUGCAAGUUUAAAAUCAUGCCUAUCUUUAGAAAUGCUUAGUUGAUGGUUUGAUUUAUACGUACUCGGUGCAGAAGUAUCCUUCACCCCAGUCCCCACCCCUCCAAGCCCCUUUUUGACCCUUUCCCACCUCCUUCAAACUGCAAUAAUGUGAAAAGCUCUGGGUUAGGUGCAUUUAGUGAUAUCUGCAUGGAUGAGCGAGAAAAGGUACAUGCCACUUUCAACAGAUGAUAUUGCCGUGCGGAUGAACUUAAUCUCGAGAGUUCAUGGCCUAGAACAAGUAGAGAAUUAUUUCAAUAACAUCCCAAAACACUUGAAAAGUUUUGUGGUUUAUGCUGCUCUUCUCAACUGCUGUGCCUAUGAAAAGUCUAUGGAGAAAGCCGAGCUUGUUAUGCAGAAGAUUAUAGACAGGGGGUUUGCUAGGACACCUUUAUGUUAUAAUAUUCUGAUAAAUAUGUACUACAAAAUCGGGGAACAUGAAAAACUGGAUGCCUUAGUGCUCAAAAUGGAGGAAAAGGGCAUCAAUCCUGACAAAUACACUCUCAGCAUCCGGCUUAGUGCAUAUGCUGCCAUCUCUGAUGUGGAGGGAAUAAACAAGACCAUUAAAAGGAUGGAAUCUGAUCCACAUAUAGUUCUGGACUGGAAAUCUUAUUCCAUCGCAGCAAGUGGAUAUCUAAAAGUUGGGCUACUAGACAGGGGUUCGGAAAUGGUGAAGAAAUUGGAGGGACUGAUAGCAAAUUCCAAAAGGAGCAGUAUUGCAUUCAAUCUGCUUCUCAAACUGUAUGCAGAAAUGGGGAAGAAGGAUGAGCUGUACCGCAUCUGGGAACUUUAUAAGAAGGAAAAAAUUUACAAUAAGGGCUACAUAAGCAUGAUAAGCUCACUUUUAGCAUUUGAUGAUAUCGAAGGUGCAGAGAAGAUAUUUGAGGAGUGGGAAUCCAUGAUAUUAUCAUUGGACUUUCGUGUUCCAAACUUAAUGAUUGAUGCAUAUUGUAGAAAGGGUCUUCUAGCAAAGGCUGAAGCCCUCGUAAACAAGGUCAUGACUAAAGGAGGAAAGCCUUCAUUUGAUUCAUGGUAUUAUUUGUCUUGUGGAUAUCUUGAAGAUAAUGAAAUUUCAAAGGCGUUGGAGACUAUGAAGAAAGCAGUUGCAUUAUGCCCACCUGGAUGCAAGCCCAACAAGGAAAUAUUGGCAACCUGUUUGGAGUACUUGGAAGGGAAGGGAGAUGUGGAAGGAGCUGACAAGUUCAUAGAUUUACUCAGGGUUGAGGGUAUAUUCUCUGCUCUUGCACGCGACAGGUUGCUGAAAUACAUUUAAGGAUUUGAAAUCAAACUCCAAUGAACACUUUAAACGGAAGGGAAUAUUUUGACUGGGGAUAGCAGCUUCUGUUUUUGCCAAAACAUCUUAGGUCCCCAAGCGCAGGAGCCUAUAAAUCUUCUGUAAACUGCUUGGCAGUGUUUUCCAUAUGCCAUGCCAAGAGAAUCAGGGUUUCCUCCGUCAUGUUUAUCGAUGAUGGGAUUAUUUCAGGACAUGAAAUGCAGUAAUGCAGAUAUACCUUACUGAUUGAGACUGCAAUUUUUCUUCUACUCACUGAUCUCUAAUCAACUUUGUCAUUGUUUUACAUAAGAGUAAUUCUACUCAUAGGCCGGUUUAGUCUCCAAAACUACACACCAACUGAGCUGGCAAACCCGGUCUCUCAAAAAGGGUCUAAUCGGUCUUUGUUUUUCCCCCUCCCUGCCGAAUCCCUCUCCCCCCUUCCAAAACCGAAUCGUCUUUCUCUGUUGACACCCCUUGAGAAACCAGGUAGAAGACUGAAAAAUCUCCCACAAAAUCCCUCGCUCCAUCCCUCUGCCGGCUGUGACAAACCCUUCGACAUCCCUCAAGACAUACACCAAGAGAUCUGAGAAACACUCCCUCCCCAACCCAACCAAAUCCCCUUCACCCAUUGACACCAUCCUUUGAGAAAAGCCCUAAAACAGAUCUGAGAAUACCCACUCCCUUCUCCCGUCGACACCAUCCCCUUCUCCCUAACCUAUUGACUACAUCGUUUUUCCUCUUUUAUUUUAUUUUUUAUUUUUUUUAUUUUUUUGUCUCUAGUUUUUCUUUUAUCGCCUGCCUUCGUUUCUUAUCUAGCGGGGGUGGCUACUGGGUUCAUUGUAACUUACACUUCUUGGUUAGCAAUGACCAGAAAUUUUUGGAUGAUGUAGGUGCACCUCGAUUUUGUUCCUUAACAAUGAAAUAUUGAGCGGAGAAAUGUCUUUUUUUUUUUUUUUUUUUUUAAACUUGGUAAUAGUCGAUUGUUGAUUGAUGCAAACAUUUGCUUCAGAUAUUGCUGAGUAGAUGAAGUCAAGGAUUAUAAUAAGUUGCCUAAAAGAUUAUGCAUUUUGCA